CUUGCAAUAGGAGUCUCCCGGAAACUGCAUCUGCGUCUACUUGGUUCUGCUAUUGCUAGAGGCUUACAGGCCCGUCCCGGACUGUAGCGAAGGUGCCUCAACGCGGGUGCGAGAAAAAGGCCGCUUUGGCUGUGUGUCGUCCGCGCAGCCGGCAGGAAGCAAACGCGUUCUCGAAAGCCGAAGGCUCCAGCGACCUCUCUUACCACCGUCAUGGCAGUCCCAGGUUGCAACAAGGACAGUGUUAGAGCAGGCUGUAAAAAAUGUGGCUACCCUGGUCACUUGACUUUUGAAUGCCGCAAUUUUCUCCGAGUAGACCCCAAAAGGGACAUAGUUUUGGAUGUCAGCAGUACAAGCAGUGAAGAUAGUGAUGAAGAGAAUGAAGAACUGAAUAAAUUUCAGGCAUUACAGGAAAAAAGUCUUAUUCAUCCAGUUCCAAUGAAGAAGAUACUUCAAAACAAAAGAAACAAAAAUAUCCGAAGAAAGAAAAGAAAAAAGAAAAAAAGAGUAAAUCAAGAAAGGGAAAACAUCACAAAAAGGAAAAAAAGAAGAGGAAAAAGGAAAAGCAUUCUUCUACCCCUAAUAGUUUGGAAUUCUCCAAAAAGUAACUGAGACUUUGGCCUAAGCCAUUAAAUUUAAAAAUUUGUUUUUAAAAAUGAUGUGCCCUUCCUUGGAAUUUGCUAUAUAUUCUGCUUUGCAAAAUAAAUCACAGCCUUUUCCAUAUAGACAUUUUUUCAUAUGUGGGACUAUUAUCCCUUUGGCAAUAUAUUUUUAAUGUGCUAUGACUAUAAUGUAUUAAAUCAGUCUUAUUACUUGAUAGUCAUGCCCCAAGGUGUGUGUACAUACAAAACAUAUCAUUUUUGGCAUUCGUCUCUGUGUAUUUGGCUAGUGUUAUGACUUCCUAAAUUGAUAGUAAAAUGGCAUUACUGCAGUAAAUACAAGUCAUCUACAUAGCUGUUAGUAAGUAUUGUUAAAUCAGGUGUCCACCUUCCAGUGAUGAGGGUAGGUAGGGGGUAAUGCUUUGCUCUUGACACUGAAAAAUUUAAUAGCUUUAUAUACUAAAAUGUAAUGUUCAAAGAUAGUGAAAUUCUUUACUAUUGUUUUUAAACUGCUAGGCCUUUUUUUAAUAUCAAAAGAUGAAGCUGCUUUAUUGGUCUUGACUAGGACUUUUUCAGUGAAUGGUGGCUGCAAGAAGAUGAUAAUGAAAAUAUUUAUAACAAAGUUUCACUGUUUUCUGAAAUGUAGAGUUUCUUGUAUCUGCCCCCUUUGUUUUUGUAACAAUUCAAAUAUUUCUUAUUUAGAGAGACUAGUAUAGUUCAGCCUACUAGUAAGUCUUACAGAGAUGAUGCUGUAUUGGUCAGGAUUUUUAGCAUAGAAUAGACUCCUGGGUUGUGCCAUAUUGGCAUGUCUUAAAGUGAUACCUCAAACACAGAAAUUUUUAUUUAGGAAGACAGCUACAUCUUCAUUAGAACUGAUUGUUAUUGUAUUCAGUCAGUAUGUAAAUUUUAUGAAGCUUGUUCCUAUGAGUAAUGUGGACAAUUUUAAUAAAUGUGAGCACAUAAUUUUUAGUCCGAAAUAAUUUAUAGUUUUGAAACAAGUUUCACACUGAACUUAUGGUUUCAUAAAUAACCAGUUUGGGGUGUUUCUUUAACUUCAGUCACAAACCUCAGGAGAACUAACAAAAAUUUAGAAUUAAGAAUUUUAUUCUGAACUUUUUAAAAUUUAAGAGCCAGAGAAUUGCAUCAUGAAAGCCUUUAUAUAAACAUUUUGUAUGAGUAAGCAUUUCAAACACCUACUAGUACAUAUAAAUGUUUCUUAUAUUUUUAUUUUCACUUUGAUCAGUGUUACUUACUUUGCUUAAUACUUAGGUAUCUCUUAUGCCCAAUAAGGUAAAUACUUAUUAUGUUGUAGAAGCAUCAAAAGUUAACCAAUUAUCAUGGCAUAGCACCAAAGAUUGCAAAUACCUCACUGUGGUGCAUUUCUGAAUUUGGAAAUGGGUAACCUACAGAUAUGGCUGCAGGUGAAUUCUCGAUGGUGAAAUCAGGUAAGUACUCUUAACCUCACAGACUAGAAAGGUUUGCUGAUUCUUCUUUCACCUAGCACCCUAUCUGGCAUGUAGUCAGUAAGACUUGGGGAGCCUUAUAACACCCAUGCUUAAAUUCUAGGAAAGCUGCACCCACAUCCGCUUUCUAGCAUUGCAGAUAUGGAAGCUCUCACACUCAACUAUUUUGUAGCCUAAUUUAGUUUUUUGGCCCACUCAAAAAUAAGUUCUUUUGUUUAAAUAGUUCAGUCAGGUGUUGGGGAGAGCAACACAGAGCCAUUAAGUUUUUAAGGGUUGUUUUGCCUUUACUGCUAAUUUUAUGAAAAUUCAGUUCCUUGGUUAUCAAGAUUUGAAAAAAAGUAAAAAAAAAUGUGUUGUUUUUUUUUUUUAAAUGAGGCUGUCCUGGAUACAGUGGUGGCUCUUCCCUCCCACUGCUUCACUUGACUAGCCUUAAAAAAAAAACACUAAAGUAAAAUUUUUAAAAAUGAUUAGAAGAUGCUACAUACAAAGGGAUGGCCUCAUCCCUUGGGGUGUAACAUGGUUAAAAACAUAGUAACUGUAGAGAAAAAGUUAAUUGAGUUAUUGAUAAGUUUUACUACUGUUAUUGGAGAGAUUAUAAAUUGGUUCAUUAAGUUUGUUUUCUGAAUGGUGACACAAUAAUAAUUCAGAAGAGUAAAAGUCAGCCCUUAUGAACUAAUAUUGUACAUGAAUUAAAGGAUUUUAGUGCUUAGUAAUUUUUUCCUCAAAAAUUAAUCUUGGAAUUAUUCUUAAGUAAAUUUUCCAGAUAUUAGCAUAGUUUAUGAAAUAUAUCAUCUGAAUAAAAAUUAUUUUUACUGAAGUAAUUUUAUUCUGAAAUGAUCUUGUUAUUGAGAUUGGAUGCAAAUCUGACUAAUAAUUUUAGGUGAAAAUUAAUGAAAUUCUUACUCAGGCAGUAUGCAGCAGAAAGAAAACUAAAUUGUAAAAAUCCAAAAGUCCUGGUCAUUCUAACUACUUAUAUGACCUUCCACAAAGGCAUUUAGAUUCCCUGGGCCUUGGUGUCUUUCAUCUAUAAAAUAUUGUACAAGAUUAUCUCUGAGAUCACUUUUAGUCUUUAGUAUGUAUGAUUAUCAAUAUUUUAGUAACAUUCAACCAUUCAUUUUAGAAAUUAUAGAUAAGCAGCUAACAUUCUGUAAUAGAAUAGAUUCAGUAUAUUAAUACAGCUGUUAAACACAUUCAACUUCUUUAAGCGGAUAAUCGAUAUUUGGUUCAUAUUCUUACCACUCAAUGUAUAUAAUUUUCACCAGACGAAACAAUUUAUAUUUAGAUUUGUAUCUGUAACUAGAUUACCUGAGUACUUUCAGACGAUGUAUUCAGGCUGCUGGACCUAUUCCUCAUGCUAUUUCCCCAUUUCUUUUCUCCAUAUUAUCUGUUGGCUAAUAUUAUUCAGAGGUAUCCCUAGCUCUUCAUACUUAAUACAUCUCCACUUAACAUCUUUGGUUCUCUGAGGCCAAAACAUCAAUAAAUGAAGUUAAACAACUAUACUUGUCUGUAUUUACUACUCAUCUAAAACUAUAUAACUCUAGGUCACCUUCAGUAGUAAAUGAGGCUGCAGAGUUAAUAAUGUUGAUAAAAAUGCCUUUGAGUCCUUUCUUCAGCAUAUGUUUAUCGAGCACCUAGCAUGGCAAACACUGUGCUGUGUCGUGAGGAUACGGAGUUAAAUAAGACAUGUUUGCUUCUCUGAAAGAGUUCACAGUUUAGUGGGUAGGAGAAACAGUAGAGCACACAUUAUGUAAUAAGUGCAAUAAGUGACCUGAAGUGGGUUUAUAGAAACACGGGGGUACCUAACAUAAUCUAGAGAAAUUAGAAGAGACUACCUAGAGAAAAUAAUGCCUGCAUUGACUUUUGAUUGAGGAUGAGGGUGUGGUUAUGGCAGUUCCUGAUGAAGUUUGGUACUGUGAACAAAGACCACAUAUAGAAAAAGCCGUGUUGUGUGUGUCAAGAAUUACAAGGAAUCUAGUGUUGCUAGUAUGUCAUACAGGCAAGGCAGGAGGUGGUAAGAAUUGAGGCUACCAUUUAGGUCUUUAGGAACAAGAGAAGGAAGUCUUGUGUUCUAUGUUUGGGAGCUUGGACUUUUAUCUGUAAGCAGUGAGACACCUUGAAAGAGUUUUAAGGAAAGAAAUGACUUCUAUUCGGAUUUGGUUUCAUCCAUUUCAUAAUCUGAUUAAUCCCACAAUUUUUAAAAGAUGAAAUUGUUUUCAUUAGAAGACCAUAUAGAAAGCAUUGUGAUUCUUUUACGCUCUAUUUGUAUUUUUCUUCUAGACUCACUUUUCUAAGAUCCAGUUAUUACCAAAAUUACAUAGAUCUACAGUAUUUUCAGACCCAUCUCCAGAAUUAUACGUACAUGUAAAUACUUUGAAAUGUUUUGUUUUUUAGAUUAUUUUAAAUUGGCUUAAAUUCUAUCACUAUUUUAGUAUUUGUUAGAUCCAAAUCAUUUAAAAUAUAUUUUUCAGUGUACAGACAGUGCUGUUACUUUGAUAAAGCUUCUUUUAAUAUUUGUUUUAAUCUGUGAAGUACAACUACUUCCAAGUUAUAGAGAGACAUACCAGUUGGUCUGUUCAUGAGCCCUGUCCUCUUACUCAGGUAAGCUGGUGAUAUAUACACUAGCUCAGCAGGGAGUGGCUCAAGGCCUCCAGCUGAUCCUAGUGCUGCUAUUCAAACUUCCAGGGCAGUUGGCAUGAAAGAACAGAUGGUUUCUUAUGCCAGUGUGACAAUAAUCCUGAUGCAAAGGCCAGGAUCUUCUGACCUCAAUUAUCUCCUCGACUCCUCCAAGAAUAUUCAGAGUAGCAGAGAAUUGGAGUAAUCCAUGAUGAUGAA